ACCGAUUUACCACAGAGCCCGGAGGACCGGUGGGCUAGAGCGCCUCCCGCGCACCGCAAAAAAUCCCAUUGGAGAACCAUCGAGUUGCGGGCGGGGAUUGGCAGAGCGCCUCCCUGGGCCGCUCUGAGGGAGGUUUCCGGUGCAUGGCGGCGAUGCCGGAGAUCCCGUUCAGCCGGGUGGUCUCCGUCAGCAGCGCCGACCCGCGUUUCCCGGCCGAGAAUCUGCUGCGGCCCGAUGAUGGCGGGCGCUGGAGGGGGGCGGCGGCGGGGGAGAAGCAGCUGAGCGUGGUGCUGGAGCUGGCCGAGCCCCGCCCCAUCCAUUCCCUUCACAUCGGGAACGACGGCGCCGCCUUCGUGGAGGUUCUGCUGGGAUCCUCUGCGGGGGGAGACUUCCAGGUGUUGCUCCCCAGCGCCGCGCUGAUGUCACCUGCCGAGAGCCGCGCGGGGGCGGAGCUUCGCCGCGUCCGUCUCUUCGGCCCCGAGGUUCUGCUGCAAAACCCGGCCCGGAGCGGGCGGGACCGGCUCAAGGUGGUGCUGAGCCAGCCCUACAGCCAGAGCCGUCCCUUCGGGCUGUCGUUCAUCCGAGUGUUCGCCGAGGGGGAGGGGACGCAGCCGGGGGGGGCGCGUCGCCGCCUGGGUCCGUUCACGCUGCGCGAGGAGGGGGAGGGGAGCCCCCCCCGCCGCCCCCCGGCGCCCUCUUCUACCAGCGCCCCUCCCCCACCCCAGCCCCUCCCCCCCAGGACCCCUCCCCCGGGCCCAGCUACGCCGCGGCCGCGCUCGGCGCGAGUGACGUCACACAGGCCCCCCCCCAAACGCCGCCCCCCUCCCCCCAAGCCCUCCCCCCCCGUCUCGGGCCCCCUCCCCAAUUCGGGGGGUCCCGUUUUGGGGGGGGUGGUGCUGGCCCUGAGCGGUUUCCAGAACCCUCUGCGGGCUCAGCUGCGCUCGGCGGCCGCGGGGCUGGGGGCUCGCUACCGGCCCGACUGGAGCCCGGACUGCACGCACCUGGUGUGUGCGUUCGCCAGGACGCCGAAGGCGGCGCGAGCCCGGAGCUCCGGGGGGGUCGUGGUGGGGCCGGAGUGGAUUUGGGAAUGUCAGAGGAGGGGGAGGAGAGUGGAGUGCGACAGGUACCUCCUGGACGGCUCCGCCUCCUCCAGCAGCGAGGGGGAGGAGCCUGAGGCUGCCCCGCCCCCUCCUCGCCCCUCCCCCAAGGUGAAAAAGGGGGCGGGGCCUCCCCCAAAGGCCACAGCCCCCGCGCCGGCCACGCCCCCUGCGUCAGGUGACAACAGCGGCCAAUCAGAGGAGUCCGACCCCUACGGCGGCUCCACCGAGGAGAACAGCGAGGAGGAUGAGGAGGGGGAGGGGGAGGGGGAGCCCAUCCCCCCCCUGCCAGAUUUUUUCCAGGGUAAAAUUUUCUUCUUCCACGGAGAAUUCCCGGCGGGGGAGGAGCGGAAACUGCGGAGAUACGCGGUGGCGUUCGGGGGCACGCUGCGGCCGUACAUGGACGAGUCGGUGACGCACGUGGUGACGUCACAGGAGUGGGACCCCGCCUUCGAGGAGGCUCUGGAGCUCCGCCCCUCUCUGACCUUCGUGCGUCCCCAUUGGCUGCUGCUCUGCGGGGAGCGACAGCGCCCCCUGCCGGCCCAGCCCUACGCCGUGGCGCGACGUCAUCAGUGACGUCAUCAGUGACGUCAUCAGUGACGUCAUCAUCAGCGACAGCGCCCCCUGCCGGCCCAGCCCUACGCCGUGGCGCGACGUCAUCAGUGACGUCAUCAGUGACAUCAUCAGUGACAUCACAGAGCGACAGCGCCCCCUGCCGGCCCAGCCCUUCGCCGUGGCGCGACGUCAUCAGUGACGUCAUCAAUGACAUCAUCAGUGACGUCAUCAGCGACAGCGCCCCCUGCCGGCCCAGCCCUUCGCCGUGGCGCGGCGUCAUCAGUGACGUCAUCAAUGACAUCAUCAAUGACAUCACCACAGCGCCCCCUGCCGGCCCAGCCCUUCGCCGUGGCGCGACGUCAUCAGUGACGUCAUCGGUGACAUCAUCAGUGACAUCAUCAGUGACAUCAUCAGUGACGUCAUCAGCGACAGCGCCCCCUGCCGGCCCAGCCCUUCGCCGUGGCGCGACGUCAUCAGUGAUGUCAUCGGUGACGUCAUC